GCUGGGAGCGGGGCGGUGCUUUGCGGCUCCUUCCUACCCACCCGCCAGCGCGUCCGCCCGCUCAGUUGUCAUGGCGGCUUCUGUACUAAGUGUUGCUCGGAACCUGUGCUGGCGGCGUAUCUGCGAGAUAAGAUCUGUGUAAGAGUGUGGGGAGCAGCAGCAUAGCUGUACCUGUGCAUCUGUCCACUGGUUCACACUGAAGGGAGAAAUCAACCAACUCCAGAUGCUAACCUGCUGUUAACUGCUGACCUGCUGCAGCCUGCUUGACUGGCAUUGCUACUGACCUACCGUUGCGGUGCGUGCUAGCAGGCCAGUGCAACCUGUUUGCAUUCCAUCCGUUCACCUGCACAUGACUGCGGCCACCAUGCAAGUCAGCCAAAAAGACUUUGAGAAGGCUCAAGAGCAGCUGAAACUUUUGAAAAAUGAUCCUGGGAAUGAAACGAAACUGAAGCUCUAUGCUUUGUUUAAACAGGCUACUGAGGGUCCCUGCAAUUCUCCAAAGCCGGGUAUGCUGGACUUUGUCAAGAAAGCCAAAUGGGAUGCGUGGAAUUCACUUGGCAGUUUGUCUCAGGAUAAUGCUAGACAAGAAUAUACUAAACUUGUCUCAAGUUUGAUCUCUGCAGAAUCUGCUGGCGAGAAAAAAGAUACUUCUUCAAAAGAGAGCAGUCAUGGUGGCUAUGAAACCCUAAUAGUUACCACUGAUAACAAUAUCACAAAGAUAAUGUUUAACCGGCCUGAUAAGAAAAAUGCUAUCAAUCAUAAGAUGUACAGAGAAAUUAUCAAUGCACUUCAAGAAGCUGCCAAAGAUGAUUCUACCAUAGCAGUUGUUACUGGAAAUGGAGAGUACUAUACAAGUGGAAAUGAUCUGAAUAAUUUUUCUAAUGUCCAACCUAGUGAAAUGAAAAAGAUGGCAAAAGAUGGAGCAGAAUUACUCAAAGAGUUUGUGGGCAGUUUUAUUGAGUUUCCUAAACCACUGAUUGCGGUGGUGAAUGGCCCAGCCAUUGGAAUCUCUGUAACACUCCUUGGAUUGUUUGACAUUGUCUACGCUUCUGACAAGGCUACAUUUCAUACCCCAUUCAGCCAACUUGGUCAAAGUCCAGAAGGAUGUUCCUCCUACCUGUUUCCAAAAAUCAUGGGCUCAGCCAAGGCAAAUGAGAUGUUGCUUUUCAAUAAAAAGCUGACUGCAGCAGAAGCCUGUGCUGUAGGACUUGUGAAUGAAGUUUUCCCCGACAGCACCUUCCAGAAGGAAGUUUGGGCAAAGUUGAAAGCUUAUGCAAGUCUCCCCAAAAAUUCUUUGGCAGUGUCAAAGCAACUGAUACGAAAUACAGAAAAGGAGAAGCUCCAUGCUGUCAACAGUCAAGAGUGUGAAGUACUCAUAGAGAGGUGGUUAUCUGAUGAAUGCCUAAAUGCUCUUGUCACCUUCUUUCAGAGGAAAUCAAAACUGUAAUCUUUACCAGCAGAGCACUUAAUGUUCUGGAAACAGCAAUUCACCUUCUGGCAAUAGUCUUGUCUGCCCUUAUCCUUAGAAAGCUUUCUCUGCAAAUAAUAAUUCUUUUACCUUUUGAUGCACUAUAUUUCUAUACAGAAUACUGGGUUAAAACUGUUUCAUGAAAUUAAUGCUGUGUUAUGUGCCUUCGAUCCAUUAUGGUUAUUUAAAUUAGGGGAAAAGAUUCAUUUUCCUGCAGGCAGCAGUGGUGUUUCUGAAUAGUACUAAAGUAGAUUGUCACUUGAAAGAAGCAGCAAAUUCAAUAGCACUGUAUUUUGGUAGCUUUUCAAUGUCUUACAAGUGAUUCUUUUUCAUCUGUGGGGAAGAAAAUGCUGUAUUGAUGAAAAAUAAAUACUUAUAUUAUAUUUAAUUAAUCUUGUGCUGAUUAUUACUAUUACUGCUAAACAUCCUUAGUGACAAGGAAAGUAAUUCCUGGAAGUAUAUUAAUGAAAUACUCUUCUUACGAAAGUAUUUACUUGUGAUGUCGUGAAAUAAACCUGGCAGGGACUAUGGGAAUCUUC